AUGGUCGCCGAAAAGCUUACAAUUCGCAACAACACCAGCACUCCAAUCGUCCUCCGGCGCAUCGAGCGCUUUGAGGCUCCCAAGGAGAAAAGUCCAGGCGAUGAUCUCGCCCUGCUGGCGCGAAAUUUUACCCGCGCGCUGACCAACACCACGCGGAUUGCAGAGCCUGUCAAGGUGAUUCACGAGGACACUCGUCCAUUUGAGGAGCAAAAUGAUCUCGACGUGCGCAUUGAUCCAUUCACCACCAACCGGACCGAACGCAGUGCGUUCGUCCAGUCGGAUAAGGAGCGUAUGCGCCUGACCUUUGAGGUCGAAGGCGAGCGUCAUAUCGUUCAAGUCCCAGUGCCCACAACGGAGUCAGCAACGAUGAGAUCGGAGUCUGAGAACCCCCGCUAUCGGCUCACGGCCAUCUAUUUGACGUCCGAGUCGUACUUGACCAUCUUCUCGUCGGCAAAUGUCAAUGCUUGGAUGGGUGAGCUGCGUGACGGUGUUCUUCUCUCCGCACUGUCAAUUCCGGGAACUCACAACUCACCGACCUGUUAUUUUGCGCCACCCUCGGUGCGCUGCCAGGCUGUGAGCCCCAAGGACCAGCUGGAGAAUGGAGUGCGCUUUUUUGACAUCCGCGUCCAGCCUCAAUAUCCCGACGAUCCCGCAAAGGACGACCUGAUCCUGGUCCACAGUGUCUUCCCCAUCUCACUCACAGGAAACAAGUACUUCCGCGACCUCAUGAAAGAAGUCAACGAGUUCCUGGACCGGAACCCGUCCGAGACCCUCAUCGUAUCUCUCAAGCGAGAAGGUCCAGGAAACGCCACGGAUGAGCAACUUGCCAACAUACUCUCACGACACUAUGCCCGCCCCGACAGCCGCUGGUGGGUACGACCGAAGAUCCCUACACUGGGUGAAGCGCGAGGCAAAGUCGUUCUAGUGCGCCGCUUCAAUCUUCCCGAGGAAUUGACAAAAGAGCACGGAGGCAAUGGCUGGGGCAUCGACGGUGCCGCCUGGGCCGAUAACACUCCCAACGCAACCUGCCCGAGUGGCCAUCUGUGCAUCCAGGAUUUCUAUGAGGUCCAAGAGACCACCAACAUUGACGAGAAGAUCAGAUACGUGCGGGAACACAUCGACCGGGCAAGCAAGUGCCGCUAUCCGCUCGGGGAAUUGCCCGGCCCCGUCGAGGCUCGUGAGUUCCCGUUCUAUUGUAAUUUCCUCAGCGCCAGCAAUUUUUGGAGACCAAAUACCUGGCCGGAGAAGAUUGCAGCCAAGGUGAACCCCGCGACGGUGGAUUAUCUCUGUCGUCGUUCGCACGAGGACGAUGGGGACUGUGGGACGGGCAUCUUGGUCACCGAUUGGGUUGGACUGGAUGGCGACUGGGAUCUUGUGCGUUGUAUUGUCGGCAUGAACGCCAAAUUGCGUCUGAGGGAGAAUUGA